AUGCUAAGUAGUACUAGAGUGGUGAUACCCAAACUAGGAUGUUGCAGAAGUUCUCAAAGAACUUAUGUCAGCUCGUUGAUUUCAAACGCAAGAACAUAUUUUUCCUUCAACUUAGGUAACAAAACAACAAAUACUGAUCUGCUCAAUGUGCCUCCGGCUUAUAUACAAUACCCGCUCAUUACUAAGGAUCAACAAGUUACUAUAACUACACAUGAUAGAUUCAAAUUUGACUAUGCUUAUGCGUCAUUUGCUCAUCACUCAUUUAAAAGUGAUCCAACUAUUCACUCGUUGUCAGAUUUGACAGAACCUGCCCAGUUGAAUUCUCUUUUACCUCGUCGAAGACCCCAUGGAUCUCCUAUUGAUACUCUAUCGAUUAAGGCUGGAGAUGAUGCCAUGUUAGUUUCUCCUACAGUUAUGGCUAUUGCUGAUGGGAUUUCAGGUUGGGAGUCAAAAGGUGAAAAUUGUUCAUCUGGUAUUUGGUCUAGAUCAAUGGUCGAAACGUUGUCAAGAUUAAUGACAGAAUACAAGUUGACUCACACUCCACAUCAUUUAAAGAAUAGAGACAUCGAUCAAAUCUUAGACGAUUCUUUUCUUCACACUUCGCAUCUCAUGGAUUUACAAGGAUUGAGAGGAUCCUCUACUUUGGUGUUAGCAAUGCUUUCAGGUGAAUACUUGAAAAUGAUAAGUAUAGGAGACUCUAAAGUUUACUUAAUUAGACAUGGUGAGAUAAUCAAAACCAAUGAAGAGCAGAUGAUUUCUACUCUCUGCCCCCAGCAAAUCGGCACACAGACUCUUCUGCAGUUGCCCCUGGAGAUGGCCUCGGUAGAUUCUAUCAAGUUGGAAGAGAACGAUAUAAUUGUGAUGUGUUCUGAUGGCAUUUCUGAUAACUUAUAUGAAUGGGAAAUUGCGCAUUAUAUUGACGAAUCACUCCAUGGAAGUGGAAACUUGAAGAAAACUGCGAAUCUUCUCAUACUGAAGGCGAAGGGUGUUGCUUUUGAUGACUAUGCGUGUACUCCUUACAAUGAUAAGUUAAAUGAGGCUCAUCUUGGAAGUAGAAGUGCUGGAGGGAAGUUAGAUGACAUGUCAUUGUGCAUUGCAAAGGUUUGUUUAAACCUGAACGAGAAGAAAAAUUAA